ACUGCUGCCACUGUCAAGGUCACAAGCCAAUCUCACCAAUCACUGGAUUCGCCGCUCUCACUGUCAGUGUUGCUAGGACGCUGAGAAGGUGUAGUGUUUCUCUCCUGUAAUUCUGCCUCUCGUACUGCGCAGAGAUGGGAUUCUUAAACGUCAAUGGGCGUGCGGCAGGUGUGGGUGUGGGUGUUGGCGUGGGUGCCCUGCUGGCGUGGUGGGCAUGGCGACGACACCACCAGUCAGAUACGCCCGCCAGGUGGGAGGAGGUGGGCGAGGUGAGCGAGCUGGUCAUCUACCCGCUUAAGUCAGGCCGUGGGAUCAAGGUCACUGAGGCAGAGGCGACCCGAUAUGGCCUCGCUGUUGACUACCUCGAGGACAGGUCAUUUAUGGCAGUAAACAAGGAGGGGAAGUUCCUAACAGGUCGCCAGCUCCCCAAGUUGACAACAGUUGUCAUGACCUUGAGUGGCACCAAGGUCUCCCUGGAGGCCCCUGGAGCAGAGAGGCUGGAGCUGGACCUGAAGGAUGUGACCAGGGCAGCAAAGGUCACUGAUGCUGUAGUGUUCAAUGCUGAUGUGAGGGGCUUUGACUGUGGGGAUAAGGCAGCGGCAUGGCUGAACAGUGCUGUGAAUGAUGGCGUGGUGGAAGGCUGCAUACGUCUUCUCUACCAUGGGAACCUGACAAGAGAGAGGAAGGCGAGGGAGCCUGCCUUUUACUCCUUCCCACAGUACAAGGCCUCAGAUAGGGUGCUGUAUGCAGACACCUGUGCCUUUAUGCUCACCUCAGAGACCUCGCUGGCAGACCUCAAUGAUCGCCUGGAGCGCCCUGUCACCCUGGACUGGUUCCGCUCCAAUAUUGUGGUGCGUGGUGUGACGCAGCCCUAUGAUGAGGAUGACUACGCCUUUGUCAGGAUUGGGGAUGUGGUGUUCCGGCGCCUCAAGCCUUGUGACAGAUGCAUCUUUACCAAUGUUGAUCCUGAGUCUGGCAAGAAGUGUGAGGAUGGGGAACCUAUCAAUACCCUGAAGAAGUACCGCCACGUGGAGGGACCGGAGAAGCUACAAAGGACCUGGGCACAGAAGCCAGUGUUCGGCUUGCACUUGGGCAUCGAUACCUAUGGGAAGGUGCAUGUGGGGGACAAGGUGGAGGUGGCACGGGCAUCCUCCAACUCACGCUGGAAGUUUCAGUAGUGUGUGUGUAAGUGGGAGUGUAAAAAAUUGAUUUUAAUUGAAUGUACAAGAAGAAUAGAAAGAAGUAUAUGUGUGUGUUUGUGUGUAUGAGAGAGAGAGAGAGAGAGAGAGAGAGAGAGAGAGAGAGAGAGAGAGAGAGAGAGAGAGAAUGUUGAGUUAUGAUUAUAUUUCUUGUUGAUUGUUUACAUUUAAUUUUUCCUAGGUUCAUUAAAAUCGUUUAUUUCCCCAGGCUCCAAACAUAUAUCUUUCCUUAAUUAAUUGCCAGAACUCUCAUUUGCAUCCCUAGACCUUAAGUUAAUCACUGAGGUUCAAUAUUUACAAAAUCAUACAUGAGAACAGCUCUGAGGCAGGCAGUGUGGCACAACCCUCCCACGUCACCUUGUGUUGUGGCAGCCUUGUGUAAACUUAAUUGAGACUGUGAUAGUGCCUGGUUGAGACUGUGAUAGUGCCUGGUGGCUCUUUCUUAUUGAGAUAUAGUGUGGAUAUAUCUUUCCUAUAUUAGUUAUAGUUCUGAUCAUGGUAGGAAUUUAUCAUGUGCAUUGACAGGCAUUGUAAAGUACAUGUAUAUCAUUUAUAUAUUUGUAUAGUUUGGUUGGAUUUCAGAGGCAUUGUUGAUUUUCAUAUGUUAGUUGCAGUUAAUGAGAGAGGUUUUUGUUGUAUUGGAUCAUGUGAACCCUUUCCUCAUUUCUCCUCCCUCCCACAUAACUCUAUGUGUCUUUGAUGGCCUUUCUGAAUCCCCCAUCUUCUCUCUCUCCCCAACCUAGUCUCAUUGAUAUCUCACUUCUGUAUCCUCCCACAAGCUUUUUUUUUUCUCUAACUUUUUUCCCUUUCUAUUCUUGACCCUUCCCCCAUUCCUCUCCAGUGUCUUUUCUGAAUCCCCACCUCUCUCUAAUCCCAUUGAUAUUUCACUCUUUAUCCCACACCUAAGCUUUUUUUUUUUUUUUACCUAACUUUUUCCCCCUUCUAUUCUUGCCCCUAUCCCCCAUCCCUCUCCUUUUCCUUCAUUAGUACCUUAUGAGCAUUAUAUGUAUUGCAGUGCUUUUACUUUGUUGCAUUUCAGCCAGACAGUCACAUGAAGAUAAACCACUUCACUUAUUGUUUGGGUGGUUUGGAGAGGUGGUUAGGUUAAGUGUUAAAGUGCUGUUAGUGUUUAUAUUGUCACGCUUGUUACAGGAUAAUACUUCUCACAUGCUAUGGGAAAUAAAGAAUUGAUUUUGUUA